AUGGCGACUGGACGCGGUCGGGUCCUGCGGCAGCGCUGGCUGGGCCUCCAGGCGCUGCGCUGGCCGCUGCACAGCGGCCGGGAGGCCUGGGUCAGCGGCGGGGCGGCCCCGGGGUGCUCCGGGGCCUUCGGGUUCAGAAAGGGGCCAGGUAUCAGAUUCACCACAAGCUGUACUACUGUGAGCCAGUAUGCCAGAUGUGGCCAACAGUCCAAUUUCGUGUCUCUGGAUGGAAUGCCUUCAGAGAUCUUGCUGAAGAUAUUUUCCUACCUGGAUGCGGUAAGCCUGCUGUGUACUGGAUGUGUGAGCAGGCGCUUCUAUCAUCUGGCCAGUGACAAUUUUAUAUGGAUCAGGAUCUAUUCAACUGCUUUUUCACCUAAAAGAUCGAAUUGGAAAAUUAAUACAGUGGAGGAGACAGCUGUGUCUGUAAGCUUUCUGUCAGUUGAGGAUAAAGAAGCUGGAUAUUGGAAGAAAGAAUAUAUUGCGAAACAAAUCACAUCUGUGAAAGCAACACUAGCCCAGAUUCUCAAGCCUGUCAGCCCUUACACAGGUCUUCCAGUGAAAACCAGAGAGGCCCUCCGAAUCUCGGGCUUAGUUUGGGCAAUUAUAUUGAGAGAAAAAAGUGGGAAAGAGUAUAUCAUGCAGCAUGUGGAUCUUUCCUUAAAUGACACAUCUGUUACUGUUGUGUGGUAUGGCAAAACCUGGCCACGGUUAGCCGCAUUGUCAACCUUGGAUCUGUGUGGUAUGACACCAGUUUUUAUGGACCGGUAUAAACCCCCUGCCAAAAAUGGACCUCGAUGGCAUUCAUUAAUUGCAAAGUACAAUCUGAGUCAUUUAACUGAAUCUACCAUGAUUGGCUGUGACAGACUUGUUCGGAUAUUCUGCCUAAACCCUGGCCUCCUGGUGGGGUUGUGGAAGAAGGAUGAAGAAGUGGCUUUUGUCAUGGCAAAUCUUCAUUUCCAUCACCUUGUGGAGAGAAGCACGCUAGGCUCAGACGCUCUCCCCUAUGAACUUCCUCCUCACAGUCCCUUUUUGGAUGACAACCCAGAGUAUGGACUGAGUGGCUACCAACUCCAUGUUGACAUGCACGGUGGUGGAGUUUUCUACCUGUGUGGUACAUUUCGGAAUCUCUUCUCCAAGAAAGAGUACAUUGAAGAUGGAUAUGUGAAGGUCAUUGUGAUAAAUUUUAAUAACAAUAGAGAACAUCUACCUCUCAUUGGAAAAGUUGGCCUUGUUUGGAGAACUAAUGCUUUUGAUGGCUUUAUAGAGAGGUGCCCCGUGGUGGACGUGACCCUCCUGGAUGAGAACAGAAAGCCCUUCUGGUGCUUCAGUUCUCCAGUGUGCAUGAGGCCCGUCACCUGCCCUUCGGACGGCCCCACUUUCUUGGGGCACACCUACCACGUCGACUACAAGGAUGAAGUAGGGAAAGUGCACGCGGAGCUGGUGUGGAUCGAAGAGACGGAAGAGUACUUCAUCGUCAGCCUGGUCCUCUACCUCAGUGUGGCAAAAAUAAACUACUGGUUCGGGACAAAAUACUGAAUGUUAGAAAUAGGUAGCAAAAUAUCAUUUGUUAACUUUAUUUUUUUAAGUAUCUGCUUCCUUCAUACUGAAAGUGAAAAUAAAGCAUGUG